CUCCACCCCUCCUUCCUCCACACCGAAAGUGGAGUGUCUGCACAGCGGUGACAGAGAAGAACCAGGAUAUCACACCAACUUCGAGCUAGCUCGGGCGACCGACACUGGGACCGUAAAAUACACUAUCGUUAUACUGCUUUCGAGACGAGUUUGUUUUUUUUUUUUUUUCCAAACGCCGGUCGUCGCUUGCCGUCAAAAGGCUCCGAAACAACACACUGUCGGUGUAUAAUAAGUGAGUCGUUACAGAAUGGCUGAUACAACUGCGCCCAGCUCCGGUGCUAACUGCAUGGAGAAGAUGAAAAGUUACGUGAGGACCCAAAAAGGGUCUCUCCUCGCAGGAGAAAUAGCCCUCAGUUUAAUCGUCCUCAUCUGCUACACUGUGUCUCAAUACAGAGGCUCCUCUGCUCUGGCCAUCUGUGAGAUGGUCUUAACCAUUGCCUUCUUCGGGAUCUUCAUGAUGGAGUUGGACAAGCAGAUCCAAGUGGUCAACUGGGUCUGGAGUGAUCUCUUCCGUGCUGGUAUUGGUUCUAUCCUUUACAUCAUCAUUUCUCUGAUCAAUGUCAUCGGAGGAGGCGGGGACGGCGCUUAUAUCGCAGGCGGGGUAUUUGGUUUGAUCGCUGGUCUGUUGUUUGCCUACGAUACCUACACCAUCUUCCUGCAAAUCAAGAGCAGCAGGCAGCACACGGCAGCUUCCACGGAUGACAGAGUUUAAACAAUCCAAGAUACACGUACCUCUUUCAAGAACGCAGCAGAAGAAGAAGAAGAGGACAUUUGAGCAGAAGUUAACAGAAGGGUGGAGCAGAGAGGACGAUGGACAGUAAAAUGAACAGGUCACAGCGUAAUCAAUGCCCCUGUAUGUUGUGAACAGAUGAGAGAUUUCUUUUAGGGCCGCACCUGAGAGGGGGAUGACAUAGCCAAAGUGAGUGGCACUGUACAUCUGUGCCUGCAUGUCAGACAAAACCUUGUCUACUACAAGAGGAAAUCCCCCCAGAAACCUUUAGUCCGACCUCAACUGAUUAAAAAAGGGAAAUCUGUAAAUAACAGGCAAUGCAAAACUGGUUGAUGUUGUCAAGCAGCUUGUCUAAUGCACGUCUACUGUUAAUGCACUGCUGUAUUAAGUAGUAACUGUGUCAUGUGGACUUAAGAAGUAACUGACACACAAGUGGCUGCUUUAGGAAUUGUUUAACAUCGUAAUCAUGCCCUUCUUGAGUUGGAUUUCUUUAUUUUCAGUCAGGUUUCUCAGUGAGUUAAACAUUUCAUUCUCUGUUAUAUAGUCAUGGCUGUUUAGACUGCUCUCUGUGUGUUACAGUGCCUUCAAGUUUCAUUCAAAUUAACCAGUUUCUUCAUCUUAUUCAUCUUUUAUUGCUGAAUCCUAAACAUUUGAAGUGGCCUACUGUCAUUGAUCGGCAAUCUUUCGCCUGUUUUUGUACUAAUCAGAGUUUUGUCGUAGACGUCCAUUAACCAUCAACCACAUGUUCAGUAUUUGAAAUUAGUGUCAUCCUCCAGUUUUAGUUGUCUACUUUGAUUCUUGCUCAGGUUGUGUUUUUUUUUUUUUUUUCUUACAUUUGUAACACAUUUUUAAGGUGCAAAAUAUUUUUCUGUUCUACUUUUUACAGUUCAGUUGUACAGUCCAGUUUUUUUUUCCAUGUUUUUGACUACAUGUUGGAGAUGAAGAGAAAAAUCAAUUUUGAAAGAAAACUGUUAAACUGUUAAGCAGUAAACUGUUUCCUCUACCCCUGGAUGUUUAUUUGUCCAACUAAAACAUUGCAGCCUUAUUAUUAUUAUUAUCAUUAUUAUUAUUAAUAUUAUUAUUAUUUUUCUAACAGGCUUUACAAGAGUCUGCAGUUUGUAAUUUCAAAAUUCAAAGCAGCCAUGCUUUGGAAAAUAAAAGCCAUUG